UAGGUAGAUUUUAGGUGUUUCAGCAAAUAGAGCGCUGUAAAUGCUUACUUGGAUUAUGUUUUCAUGGCAGCUUUUAACAAAAGACAUAUGGUGACCUUUGGGGUCAGCAAAGCUAGGACACAAUAGUAGGUACUCUUUCGUUCCUUUUAACUGAAGGAUCCCGGCUUGCUGUUUUGGAGUGCUGUCACUGCUGUGAACGGAAAGGAUGAUGGCUACUUCCUGAUCAAACCCACUCUCGCAAUAUGGAGUCUGGAGAAAGGUUACCAUCCUCAACAGCCUCCUCUACCACACCAACUUCAUCUUCUACACCUUCUGUGGCUUCAGCAGUCUCUAAGGGUGGCCUUUCCACUGGAGCCGCUCCACUUAGCUCUACAAUCAACCCAUGUGGACAUUUAUUCAGAGCAGCUGGGGAUCAACCGUUUAACCCGUCCACAGUGUCCAGUGCCUUCCCAAUGGUCAGCCACCCAGUCUUUGGUCUACAUUCAGCCAGCUCAGGGCAUUCAGAAUUUGGUGGUUUGGGGACACUUGGUACACCCACAGCCUUAGCCGCACAUCCCCAACUAGCAUCUUUUCCAGGUGCUGAAUGGUGGCGAGCAGCAGAUGUUCACACUCGUCCUGGAGCAGCCUUCUUCCCACAGUUGCUGGGAAUUCCACCGCUGUUUGCGCCUCCAGCCCAGAAUCAUGAUCCUUCUUCAUUCCAUUCCAGGAUAUCAGGAAAAAGCAGUCGAAAUGGUCCUGAAAAAGGUGUAAAUGGGUCAAUAAAUGGAAACAGCACAUCAUCUGUAUCUGGUAUUAGCACGUCUGUACUGUCCACUACAGCUUCAAGUUCCACGGGACAAACUAAAACUAUAAGCUCAGGUGGAGGAAAUCGAAAAUGUAAUCAGGAACAAAUCAAAACCCAGCCUUCGGAUGCUAGAGCUGACAAAAUCAAAGAUAAGAAACCAAGGAAGAAAGCCCUGGAAAGUUCUAGUAACAGCGACAGUGAUUCAGGCACGUGCUCGGACACCUCCAGUGAAGGCAUCAGCAGCAGUGACUCGGAUGAUUUAGAAGAGGAGGAGGACGACGAGCAGAGCCUGGAAGAAAGCGACGAGGACUCCGAUUCAGGGAGUGAAGCACAGCAUCAAACUAGCAAUCAGGUGCUAUUACAUGGUAUUUCAGACCCAAAAGCAGAUGGACAGAAAGCAACGGAAAAAGCCCAGGAAAAAAGAAUACACCAGCCAUUACCUCUUGUGUCUGAAUCCCAGACUCCCUCAUCAUUCCAAUCCCAGCAGAAGCAGCCUCAGGUUUUGUCACAGCAGCUUCCAUUUAUUUUCCAAAGCUCUCAGGCAAAGGAGGAGUCUGUGAACAAACACACCAGUGUGAUACAGUCUACGGGAUUGGUGUCCAAUGUGAAACCUUUGUCUUUGGUAAACCAAGCCAAAAAGGAGACUUGCAUGAAACUCAUAGUUCCUUCUCCGGAUGUACUUAAAGCAGGGAACAAAUAUACCUCUGAGGAAGCUAGUCCUUUGACCAGUGAAUUGCGAUCCAAACGGGAACAAUACAAACAGACAUUCCCAGCACAGUUAAAGAAACAGGAGUCAUCCAAGAGCCUGAAGAAGGUCAUUGCAGCUCUGUCCAGUCCCAAAGCAGCCUCGUGUUCACCAGCACAUCCCAAACAAACCCUAGACAAUAACCACCCUCAUCCGUUUCUGACAAGCGCACUUUUAGGGCCUCCUCAACCGAACGGAGUGAUUCCGAGUGUCAUUCAGGAAGCCCCUCUCGCACUGACGACCAAAACGAAAACACAGAGUAGGAUUAAUGAAACCAUUGCUGCUGCGAGUAACAGCCCUUUUCCCUCCCCCGUCAACUUGAGUACAAGUGGGAGAAGAACCCCUGGCAUGCCCUCGCCCUCUCCCCUCCUGCAUAGUCACGGGAGGGACAACGCAGCGGGCAGCACUGCAACCGCAGUCCCCACGCAGCAUCACCCGCACCCUGCGAAAACCCUCGUGGAACACUUUCGAGGCACGGACUCAGACAUUCCUAGUAGCAAAGAUUCAGAAGAUUCAAACGAGGAUGAAGAGGAGGAAGACGAGGAGGAAGAUGAGGAGGAUGACGAAGAUGAUGAAUCUGACGACAGCCAAUCAGAAUCAGAUAGUAAUUCAGAAUCAGAUACAGAAGGAUCAGAAGAAGAAGAUGAUGAUGAUGAUAAAGACCAAGAUGAAUCAGAUAGUGAUACUGAAGGAGAGAAAACUUCCAUGAAACUGAAUAAAACCGCUUCCUCUGUCAAAAGCCCUUCCAUCAGUCUCUCAGCCCACUCAACACCUCGUAACCUCCACAUAGCAAAAGCCCCAGGCUCUGCUCCUGCUGCCUUAUGUUCUGAAUCCCAGUCACCUGCUUUUCUUGGCACACCUUCUUCCACACUUACUUCAAGCCCGCACUCUGGCACAUCCAAACGAAGACGAGUCGCGGAGGAGCGGGAGCUGCGUGUCCCUUUGGAAUAUGGCUGGCAAAGGGAGACAAGAAUAAGAAACGUUGGAGGGCGCAUUCAAGGAGAAGCAGCAUAUUAUACUCCAUGUGGCAAGAAACUUAGACAGUACCCUGAAGUAAUAAAGGGAAUGCAGUGGUGUCUUUUGAAAGAAGAGGAUGUCAUUCCUCGCGUCAGGACCAUGGACGGCCGUAGAGGAAGACCACCAAAUCCAGACAGGCAGCACGCAAGAGAGGAGGCAAGAAUGCGUCGUCGGAAGGGUCGACCUCCUAAUGUUGGAAAUGCCGAAUUCCUAGAUAACACAGAUGCCAAACUGCUUAGAAAACUGCAAGCUCAAGAAAUAGCUAGGCAAGCAGCACAAAUAAAACUUUUGCGAAAACUUCAAAAGCAGGAACAGGCUCGGGUUGCCAAAGAAGCAAAAAAACAGCAAGCAAUAAUGGCUGCUGAGGAGAAGCGAAAACAAAAAGAACAGAUAAAGAUUAUGAAACAGCAGGAAAAAAUUAAGAGAAUACAGCAAAUCAGAAUGGAAAAAGAACUUCGAGCUCAACAAAUCCUAGAGGCCAAAAAGAAAAAGAAGGAAGAAGCGGCAAAUGCCAAAUUAUUGGAGGCCGAGAAACGAAUAAAGGAAAAGGAGAUGAGACGACAACAAGCAGUCCUCCUGAAGCACCAGGAGUUGGAGAGGCAUAGACUAGAUAUGGUAUGGGAACGAGAGAGAAGGCGCCAACAUAUGAUGCUUAUGAAAGCUAUGGAAGCUCGUAAAAAAGCAGAAGAAAAAGAACGAUUGAAGCAAGAGAAGCGGGACGAGAAGAGAUUAAAUAAGGAGCGUAAACUAGAGCAAAGAAGAUUAGAACUAGAAAUGGCAAAGGAACUCAAGAAGCCUAAUGAAGACAUGUGCUUAGCAGACCAAAAGCCUUUGCCAGAGCUGCCUCGUAUUCCAGGACUUGUUCUCUCGGGGAGUACAUUUUCAGACUGUCUCAUGGUGGUGCAGUUCUUACGAAACUUUGGUAAAGUUUUGGGCUUUGAUGUGCAUAUUGAUGUUCCGAGCCUGACUGUUCUGCAAGAGGGAUUGCUAAAUAUGGGGGACAGCAUGGGCGAAGUGCAAGACUUGCUUGUGAGGCUCCUCUCAGCUGCCGUAUGUGAUCCAGGUCUAAUGACAGGAUACAAGGCCAAAACAGCUCUCGGAGAUCAUUUGCUAAAUGUCGGUGUGAAUCGAGACAAUGUCUCUGAGAUUCUGCAGAUUUUUAUGGAAGCCCACUGUGGGCAAACGGAGCUCACCGAAAGCCUGAAGACGAAAGCUUUCCAGGCUCACAGCCCAGCACAGAAAGCCUCCGCCCUGGCUUUCCUGACCAAUGAGCUCGCGUGCAGCAGGAGCGUGGUGAGUGAAAUUGACAAGAACAUUGACUAUAUGUCAAACUUGAGGAGAGAUAAGUGGAUGGUAGAAGGUAAACUUCGCAAGCUCAGAAUCAUUCAUGCUAAGAAAACAGGUAAAAGAGAUGCUUCGGGUGGCAUUGAUCUUGGAGAAGAACAGCAUCCCUUGGGCACGCCCACUCCAGGGCGCAAGCGAAGAAGAAAGGGAGCAGACAGUGAUUAUGACGAUGACGACGAUGAUGACAGUGAUGACCAAGCUGAUGAAGAUGAUGAGGACGAGGAAGAUAAAGAAGACAAAAAAGGAAAGAAGACAGAUAUCUGUGAAGAUGAGGAUGAAGGGGAUCAAGCAGCAAGUGUUGAAGAACUAGAAAAACAGAUUGAAAAACUGAGUAAACAACAGAGUCAGUACAGGCGGAAGCUCUUUGAUGCUUCUCAUUCUCUGCGUUCGAUGAUGUUCGGUCAGGACCGCUACCGACGCCGGUACUGGAUUCUUCCGCAGUGCGGGGGGAUUUUUGUAGAAGGCAUGGAGAGUGGUGAAGGACUAGAAGAAAUUGCAAAAGAAAGAGAAAAACUAAAAAAGGCUGAAAGUAUCCAGUUAAAAGAAGAAGUGUUUGAGACCCCUGGGGACACCUUACAUUGCUUAAGUGCAGAUCACAGUGAACUUAAAGAAAAGGAAGAUCUUAAAGAAAAGGAUAACACAAAUCUGUUUCUUCAGAAACCUGGCUCUUUUUCCAAAUUAAGCAAACUCUUAGAAGUAGCUAAGAUGCCGCCUGAGUCAGAAUCUAUGACCUCCAAGCCAAAUGGCAAUGCUAAUGGGUGUACAUUGUCUUAUCCAAAUAGUGGAAAACAUUCACUGAGCAGCCUUCAGUCAACACCAACCCAAAGCAACGUGGAAAAGACAGACUCCAACAAUCUCUUUAAUACUGGUUCAAGUGGGCCAGGGAAGUUCUACAGUCCUCUCCCCAGUGACCAGUUGUUGAAAACACUGACGGAAAAGAGCAGACAGUGGUUUAGCCUCUUGCCAAGAACGCCUUGUGAUGACACUUCACUUAUCCAUGCUGAGACGUCAGCGGCAUCUUUAGUGGCUCCUCAGUCGCAGCCGCCACCUAAGUCACCGUCACCCGCUCCAGCUCCUCUUCUGGGGUCACCUGCCUCUCAGAGUCCUAGUGGCUUACAUCCAUUUGCUUUAUCACCUCUUCAGAUGAAAAGCGGUGUCUCUAUGAUGGGACUUCAGUUUUGUGGGUGGCCUCCAGGUGUCCUUACUCCCAAUGUUCCAUUUACAUCAUCACCUUUAUCUAGUCUAGGCUCAGGGUUGGGAUUAUCAGAAGCGAAUGGUACUUCAUUCUUGACACCCAAUGCCACUUCAAGUAAAAGUGAGUCCCCAGUGCCACAGAAUGAAAAAGUGUCUUCAACUCAGCCAGCAGCUGUUGAAGUAGCAAAACCAGUCGAUUUUCUUAGUCCAAAACCUAUUCCAGAAGAAAUGCAGUUUGGUUGGUGGAGAAUUAUUGACCCAGAGGACUUAAAAGCUCUGCUCAAAGGGCUUCAUCUCAGAGGAAUAAGAGAAAAGGCAUUGCAAAAGCAAAUUCAGAAACACCUGGAUUACAUCACUCAAGCUUGCCUCAAGAAUAAGGACGUUGCUCUUAUUGAAUUAAGUGAGAAUGAAGAAAGCCAGGUCACCCGAGACGUCGUGGAGAACUGGUCAGUGGAAGAGCAAGCGAUGGAGACAGACUUGAGGCUCCUUCAACAGGUAGAAGAUCUGGAAAGGAGAGUUGCAUCAGCAAGUUUGCAAGUGAAGGGUUGGAUGUGCCCAGAGCCUGCGUCAGAAAGGGAGGACUUGGUUUAUUUUGAACAUAAGUCAUUUACUAAGUUGUGCAAGGACGAUGGAGAGUUUACAGGAGAAGAAGCAAGCAGUGCACACGCACUGGAGCGGAAGAGUGACAACCCCCUAGAUAUAGCUGUAACCAGGCUGGCUGAUUUGGAGCGGAACAUUGAAAGAAGGUAUCUGAAGAGCCCCUUAAGUACCACCAUUCAGAUCAAACUGGAUAAUGUGGGCACAGUUACUGUCCCUGCUCCUGCACCAUCCAUUAGUGGUGAUGGUGACGGACUUGAAGAGGAUAUUGCUCCAGGGCUCAGGGUCUGGAGAAGGGCAUUAUCAGAAGCUCGCAGUGCUGCGCAGGUAGCUCUGUGCAUUCAGCAGUUACAGAAAUCAAUAGCAUGGGAAAAAUCCAUUAUGAAAGUUUAUUGUCAGGUCUGUCGGAAGGGCGACAACGAAGAGCUGCUGCUCCUCUGCGAUGGCUGUGACAAAGGCUGUCACACCUACUGCCACAGACCCAGGAUUACUACCAUACCAGACGGGGACUGGUUUUGUCCGGCCUGCAUCGCUAAGGCAAGCGGUCAAACUCUGAAAAUCAAAAAACUUCAUGUCAAAGGGAAAAAGACGAAUGAGCCCAAAAAAGGGAAGAAAAUACCUUUUACCGGGGAUACUGAGGAUGAAGAUUCUGCAUCUACAAGUAGUUCACUCAAAAGAGGAAACAAGGACCUCAAGAAAAGAAAGAUGGAGGAAAACACCUCUAUUAGCUUGUCCAAACCAGAGAGUUUGGUUUCUGUCAAAAAGCCUAAGAGAGAUGACUCCAAGGACCUGGCCCUUUGCAGUACGAUCCUGACCGAAAUGGAAACUCAUGAGGAUUCAUGGCCUUUUCUACUUCCUGUAAACUUGAAACUUGUUCCUGGUUAUAAGAAAGUUAUUAAGAAGCCUAUGGAUUUUUCCACAAUUAGAGAGAAACUAAGCAGUGGACAGUACACGAACCUGGAAACCUUUGCCCUGGAUGUCAGGCUUGUUUUUGACAACUGUGAAACGUUUAACGAAGAUGAUUCUGACAUAGGCCGAGCCGGCCACAGCAUGAGAAAGUAUUUUGAAAAAAAAUGGAUAGAUACUUUCAAAGUGAGCUGAAGUUAGAAUAAUCUCCCCCCACCCCUUUCUCCUUUUACACAAGGACAAAUGAGACCAGCAAUGUGAACUGUAUUUACAUAAACGUGCAAGGCACAUACAUAAUGACUUUUUCCCCCUUAAAAUAAGUAUCACACACACACAAAAGUAUCAGAAGAAUGAUACCAUUUUUAAAGGCUUCACUCCUACAACAACCAAGGCCCUUGGUUAUUGGUUUGUGUGAUUUAUCAGCUAAUUUAGGUAGAACAGGGAAGCACGCCCAAAGGGUUUUCAAGGAAAGGGUGUUAUAGUGCAAUAGCAAUUAAAAUAUAUCAAUCGCACUGAAUAUUCAACACCAGAGCUCUAACCUGGGAAAUGGUUCUCCUUUCCCUCUCAAUAAAUAUCUAUUUUUCAUUUUUUUACUUUGUAGUUUAUUUUUUAGUGAAUGUAUUUAAUUUUAUGAAUUAUUUAUGAUUAAACCACAUCCAGAAUCUUCGUUUUCUGUGAAAAGGAAGAACUAGAAAAAUUGCUUUAAAUCUUGAAAAUACAACAAGGAAUGUUUUAAAAUAUAAAACAAAGCCAAGUUAAACUGUUUACACUGAUGUGCUAAAAAAGCACCAAAAAUAAACUUUACUGUAGAGUUACACGUACAUUUAUAUAUAUAUAUGUUGCUGCAUCACUUGUGUAGUUAAAUUGUAUUUCAUGACAGUGAAGAAAAAUUAACAUGUAUAUACUGUUCAUUAUUGUUUAUAUUAAGUCUUGUUUUAAAUAUGUAUUAUGUGUAUAUAUUGUUUGCAGACAUUAUUGUUUAUGCCUUAGAAGGACUGUAGCAUUUUAUUUUAGUCUGAAGGUAAUUAUAGCUCUAUAGCUUGUACAGUAAUUAUCCUCUACCGACACUGUGGCGUCUCCUUAAUCUUGGUAGUGCCUGCCUUUGAAACAGGGUGUAGGGGAUAUUAGUUUUCCAUUUUUUUCUAUUUUGUUACAUAAUUUCAAGCCACCAGGGCCUAAAUUAAAGUAUAAUCAUUUGUAUCCAUGUGGAAUAAAAUUGUGACAAUUUCCUACACACACAGUAUUUUUUCAUGGAAGCAUUUCCCUCCCAUUUGCCUUGCCGCAGAAAUAAACGUACAAGACAUUUGUAGCCACGGUGUUUAUCUACUGUGUGUCGUGGUGGUCCCGUUGGAGGCAAAUAGAUCAGCCUUUUUUUUGUACCUAUGUAAGAGUACUUGAAAUUUUAUUUAAAAUAAAAUGUUGUGGAAAAGGUAGCAUUCUUUUUUUUAGGAGUGUUAUUUUUCACUACUAUGUGUGGCACGGAUACAAUAAAAGACUUUUACAAACUA